GUCACUUAAAAUGGAGGAUGCGACUGGAAAGGAAGAAGAACUUCAGAAAUUUCUGGGAAAAGUCGAUGAGAUUGAUUCCAUUAUGAAAGAUUUAACAUGUGGUGACUAUGAAAGGCAAAACAAAGCUCUAUCAGCUGCAGAUGAGUUCUUGAAGCGACACAGGGCUGAAAAUGAUGAUGAUUCUGAUGAUGAAUGUAAACAAGUCAAAACAAAGGCUGAGAGAACAGUCAUUUCUAAAACUGAGGAGAGAAGACUUCUAGAUCCGUCAACUGCCUUGGGUGAAAUGAGAGAUGCAGGAGAAGUUUGUGCAGAGAAGUUCAUGAAAGCAGUUGAAGAAGAUGCUAAGGAGAGGGCAAAGAUAAAAAAGAGGUCUGAAGCAGAAGCUGAAAAACUCAAAGGAAAAGGAAAUGCUGCUUUCAAGGAAGGGAAUUAUCCAGAAGCUAUUAGUAACUACACAGUGGCAAUCACUAAAAGUGGCUCCAAUCCAGUACUUUACACCAACAGAGCUCAGGCAUACAUCAAACUGAAUGACUUCAAUUCUGCAAUCCAAGACUGCAAUCUUGCUUUGAAGAUUGAUCCCAGGUGGGUGAAAGCUUUUGUUCACAAAGCAAGAGCAUUACAAGCUCAAGGAAAAUUUGAUGAGGCCAUCUCAGUUCUGAAGGACGCCAUCAAAGAGGCACCAAAGCAAGAAAAAGUGUUAAAAUCUUACAUUACUGAGGCUGAGUCAGCAAAAAAAAGACUUCAGGAUGAAAAAGAGGCUGCUGGUAUUGCUGGAGAGGAGAGUGGAGAGUUGAUAAGAGACUCCAUAAACAGACUACAGAAAAACAGCCUGGCCACAUCACAAUAUACUGACGCAACAAGGAAACUCCUCCCACUUCUCGAUAGCAGUGCAAACAGAACAUUAUUCAGAUGCUAUGGAGGUUUUCAGAUCAUAGACUGCAAUAAUACUUUUAAAAAGUACUGGGAAGGAGCAGCUGUCUGUGUAAUGUUGGAAGACAUAGACUUAAUUUGUGAAAUUUUAAGAAUUCUAAUGGAGGCAUGUACUGAUAAUGAUCACAAUGUAGAGGAGUUUCUCAAAAAAGAUCACACUCCAUCAUUCAAUCGUUUCCUGCGAGAUCCAACCUCUCCUGUCAUUAAGACAGCUGCCACAUCAUUUCUUCACCAGCUGUCCCAAACUAAAAAAGGCAGAGUUGGUCUCACUACUUGCAAACAUAUCAAGUGUGUCACUGAGGCGCUAUUUUCACUGGCACAGAGGGGAACUAACACAGCUGUUGUAGCAAUGUCCACAAUUAAUAACCUAGCCCUGGAACUAGGAUUCUGUGAAAAAAUCAGAGAUUUGGUUGACAAAGACUUUCUGAGCAUCUCUCAGAAAUUUGUGAGAAAGUUGUGUGAAGUAAACACAGAGGUUUCCCAUGAACCAACAGACAGCUGGUCUCUAGUUUCAUCUGGUUUGUCAGCUUUAGCCAACAUGGCCAAGGACACAUGUAUCAGAAAAAAGAUUGCUGAUGAACAAGAUUGGUGGGAAACAAGUGUCAAGUUCCUGGAUUGCAAUAUCUCUGGAAUAAAGGAUCAAAAAGUGAGAAGCUCCAUUUAUUCUCUUCUGGGUUUGUUGGCAAACAUAUCUUUGCAAUCAAACCAGCAUCAAAAGGAUGCUGCUCCAAGAUUGAUUCCAUCACUCAUUGAAAUGCUUAACACAGGUUAUGAUGAAGUUUGUGAGCGCAGUCUUGCUACCCUGAGAAAUAUUUUAGCUCAUUCUACAGAUGCUCUAAAUCAAGCAUGUGAUCAGAAAAUCCACAUUCACAUCAUGCGCAUUCUAAAGCUGGUCAUCUUAAGCAGCCAUUUUCAGGUUGGAUGGGGAGCAAGUACAAGAGAAACUGUAAAAAAAUAUGCAAUCAAGUCACUGGCAUUGUGCACAAUGGAGAGAAAAGAUGCCAGAGAAGCUGUACUCAGUGAAAAAGCUUUGGACUUCUUGGUUCAAUUACUUCAUUCUACAGAUGAGACCAUCAUAGGAAAUACAGCACUCUGCAUUGGCCACUGUGCUGAUAUGGAGGGAGUAAGUGAACAUUUGGCCAGUGAUAAUGGUGUGGUGGAAAUCCUCCUGAAGCAUGCAACAAAUGAUGAGCUAAGCAAAGAUGUCAAACAGAAUGCUGCCAUUUGUUUAGCAAAACUUGCAACAUCAGACAAAAGACAUCUUGAAAAGCUAAAAGAAAUGCAUGGACUUGAAAUUCUUCACUCUGUUAUCCAGAACACAAAUCUCAGCUGAUAUGAUAAUGGCAGAGUUUUUGAACUGCUGAAACAACAAUAAGCUUUCUCAAGUCUGGUCUUAGAUUUCCUCCCUAAAGAGUGGGAAAGAAGCAAGGCUUGAUUUCUGAAAAACCAAUUGGUUAUCAAGCCUACAACAGCAUCAGCAGCCUCAGCAACUCAACACUUCACUAAGAAGAAUGAAGGGAUUUUUACUCUUUGUAAUUAUAUAAUUAUGUUGCACUCAUUAUGGACAUAAGUAGGGCAAACAGUAAUUGCUUAAAUUACAAACUUGUAUUGUUGUGUGGUGCUGGCACUGUUUCUUAGGUGCAGUCAGAUAAUCUGCUUGCAGUCUUUAUUCGGUAUGUACUAUUUAUUUUAAAAUGGAGUGUAAUAACCCAAGUGUAUUUACUGGUAAGUUUGAAGUAGGUGAAACUUUGACACUUGUGUUUAGAGUGAUUGAGCCAUUUUGCUUCCAAGAUCUAAAGAUCAACUAUCAGAACUGUCAGCCAUACAUUUCUUAUCUUCUUAGCAGACACAUUUUGGUAUUAAAUUAAACAAUAUUUCUAAGUUUUCAUUUUUCCAUCUUUUCAUUGCCUUUCCUCUUCACAAAGUGUGGACAUUGUAAAGGAAAAUAACUCACAGGUCACUCCUGAGGGUACAAGGGACAAGAAGUUGUUCAACUAUGAUUUUUAUGGGGAAAAAAAACUAUUUGUACAAUUGCUUUGUUUUCAGAAAGCUUAUUGAUCAAAACACUUGUUAAUUGAUUUGAUUAUCCUCAAAAUGUAGUUUCCAAAAGUCACAAAGUUACGUUCAGUAGUCAUUAACAAAUGAGGUCAGAUUGUGACUAAUAAACCUGAAAAUAUGAGCCCA